AAGCUGGAAGCUGGAAGGUGCCAGCCAUAACGACGAGCGGUCGGUAACGCACACCGCUCCACGCCAAGCAACAAUGGAAUUCCUCAACACAAUCUGGCGCUUCUCUUUCGGUGGAAAUAAGGACGUGGUCGAAGGGCAGAAGGCGCUUGAGCGUAUCCAGGAUCUGCUGGUCAAAGCGAUUGCCAAAUACGACGGCGCUCCGCACGCGUUGACGGCCGAGGAAAUCACGCCUGUCAAGGCUAUUUGUGACGAGCUCUUCCCAGCUAAUUGUAAUGUUGAAGAGUUGUUAUGACAGAUAAACGUAAGGCUUACUGACAAUCUGUCUUGAGUUAUUCCAGUCCAGCUAACAGUUCCAGGGACGGAGGGCAGCGGACCCGACCGCCCCAAACGCGUGCACUAUCAGCACGUCUACGAGGACGAGACGUUCUCCAUCGGAAUCUUCAUCUUACCGCCGGGAGCGUCGAUCCCGCUGCACGACCACCCGGGGAUGAGUGUCAUCUCGCGUGUGUUGUACGGCUCGCUGCAUAUCAAAUCGUAUGACCUUAUUAAGGACAGUGCGGCACCGAGAGACAAGAAGCUGAGGGCGCGUCUUCGCGUAGAUGAGGUUAUCACGGCUCCGUACACGACAGAGUUGCUGCCAGACUAUGGCAACCUACACGAGAUCGUUGGCGACGACGAGAUUGGCUGUGCCUUCCUCGACAUCAUCACACCUCCCUAUGACAGCAACGUAGGCCGCGACUGCGCAUACUUCCGUGUAGUCGAUUCACAGGACAGCAACGACAACAGCGAGAAGAUCGUGAUGCUCGAGAGUUAUAGCCCUCUCGACUUUGACGUCAUAACAGAAGCUUAUUACGGCCCCCAUCUGCAACGAUAUGUCAGUUAAGAACGCAUUACAAAGUACAUGUAGUUCAGCGCAUUUUUCAAUUCACCGUAUCAUCAAUAACACAACUGAGAAGAUACCAAGAAAACUGGUGGGAGC